AUUUCCUGCUUAUACCCAGCAAAGAAAUGGAUUUAGACGAGCACCCCAGAAGAUUAAACCUCAAAGUCCAGACCAAGGAAUGGGCUCCAAGCCAUACCAAAAUAAGCAGUUUCCUCCAGUGGAGGAACUAGUCUCUUAUACAUCUUCCUCUUCCCUGAAGCGACUAGUGAAGCCAUUCUUUUUUACAGUUGGGUUUACAGGCUGUGCGUUUGGAUCAGCUGCUAUUUGGCAGUACGAAUCCCUGAAAUCCAAGGUCCAGAACUACUUUGGGGAUGUUCAAGCUGAUUGGAUGGAUAAGUUUCGACCUCAAAAACAGGGGAACUUAAAGCAGGUUAACAAGUGGUGGAAUCGCCUGAGUGAGGGUCAGCGGACUGUGACAGGUAUUAUAGCUGCAAACAUCUUUGUAUUCUGUUUAUGGAGAAUACCUACUAUGCAGCGGAUUAUGGCUACAUAUUUCACAUCUACUCCUGCCUCUAGAAUCCUUUGUGCUCCCAUGCUUCUGUCUACAUUUAGUCAUUUCUCUUUUUUCCACAUGGCAGUAAACAUGUAUGUUUUGUGGAGUUUUUCAUCUAGUAUUGUGUCUUUUUGGGGACGGGAGCAGUUCAUGGCAGUGUACCUUUCUGCAGGUGUUUUCUCCACUUAUGUCAGUUAUGUCAAUAAAAUGGUCACUAGAAGAUUUGAACCAUCCCUUGGAGCAUCAGGAGCACUAAUGACUGUGCUUGCUGCAGUAUGUACAAAGAUGCCAGAAACAAAACUAGCGAUCGUAUUUCUUCCAAUGAUCACAUUUACAGCAGGAAAUACUUUAAAAGCCAUUAUUGCAGCGGAUACUGUAGGGGUUGUUCUGGGCUGGAAGUUUUUUGACCAUGCAGCACAUCUUGGGGGAGCACUGCUUGGUGUGUGGUAUGAGACUUAUGGUUAUGAACUCGUAUGGAAGAACAGAGAACCACUGGUGAAGGCUUGGCAUGAAAUGAGGACUAAGAGUUCAGGAAGACGAGGUGGUGAAGGUUCUCAGUGAUUGUAAUUUUAGAAGAUACUUGUGCAGAGAGGAUGUACUACUUGAAGACACGAGAGUGCAUUGAUUCUGGAUUUUUUGCUAUUCUGCAGAAAAUCUCUUAGCAUCUGUAGUUUCUAACGUAAACCAAGUUUACAAAUAAAUGCCCUUCAGUGACAAACUCUGACAAAGCUGAAACAAUAAAAGGUUUAUAUCCUAUUCCUUUCUAAGGGAAAGGUGUGCCUCACGUUUUUAAAUAUUUGAGAAUAAGAAUUCAGUCAAAUGACUGAAAGCGGAAACCAAGCAAAUUCAUAUUCAGUACAGCUUUAAAAGCAGUGUAGAUAAACCAUUAAAGCGAACUCCCAGUGGGAAGUGUUCAGUUCUCCAUCUCCGUGUCUCCAAAUCAAGACCACCGAAUGCCUUUCCGUAAGGUAUUUUAGUCGCAUGCAAGUUAUUGAGCUCGAUGCCAGGAUAACUGGGUAAAAUUGUAUGGACUGGUAUUUGUAGAUCAGAUUAAAUGAUGUGAUGGUCCCUUUUGGCUGUAAACUAUGAAUCAAUUCUGGAAUGAUACAGGUUUUUAGUUUUGCAGCAAAAUUGACAACUAACAGCUGUCUUAACAUUAAGGGUUUGGCUUUCACUCAAGUCACAGGCUUCUAUUUAACCUUUUACUUUCCUCUGCUUCCAGAUUAGAGUGAGAAUUUGUCAAUGUCUCCUGCUUCUACUUGAGGCAGGGAAGUGACCUGCCUACUUCAUAUUAGUUUGGGUAUCUUACCUGAGGGAUCCCAGAAGAUGUUCCACCGUCAUUUCUCUAAUUUGAACUAAUU